AUGAUUGUUACUGAGUCUCUCAUGUCGGACAUGAGAUCAUGUUUGACCAACGCAAAAUCCAGAGGCAUUCUUGAUGAUGUAGAAUUCAAAAGAAGCGCGACACGCAGUUUUCCAAUUAAAAUGCCUGUACUAAAUCCCUCUUCCGAUACGGUUGAAAAUGCAGUACCCGCGACUGGAUCCGCCAUGUUCAAAAUCGACAUCAAGGGGGGACCAUAUCAGAAAUUGAAACUUUCCGAGACGGUCGGAAAGGAUAGAUUAUGGGCAGCGAUAUUUACAAGUCUUGACGCUCCUGAUAGAAAAGCCAUAUUCAAUACAGAACAAGGACAGGAAAACCUCUCACUGGUUGGCGUCGAGUUUCUUAUAACUGAGAAUAUACUAUUUGAAAGCGCAUGGUGUUUACAAACCCAAACAAGGAUCAGCGACAACAAUUUCAAAGUUGUGUUUGUGUUCUAA